AUGGUGAAGAGAAUACUAAGAUAUCUCAGUGGUACAAUAAAUCAUGGACUGCAUUUGAACAAAGCUAACUCCAUGGAAAUCACAGCCUAUAGUGACUCAGAUUGGGCAGGGGACCCUGAUGACAGGAAGUCCACAAGUGGGUACUGUGUAUUCCUUGGUUCAAAUUUAGUCUCUUGGGCCUCAAAGAAGCAAACAGCUGUAGCAAGGUCAAGCACAGAAGUUGAAUAUAGGAGUAUGGCAGACUUGGUAGCUGAACUAAUUUGGGUGAAAAACUUAAUGUCUGAGCUGCAAUUUCCAUCAAAAGAGGCACCCAUGGUCUACUGUGAUAACUUAAGUGCGGUUCUACUUGCUGCCAACCCAAUCUUACACUCAAAAUCUAAACAUUUUGAUAUAGACCUUCACUUUGUCAGGGAUCAUGUAAAUAGCAAAGACAUUAAAGUAAGUCACAUUCCAGGAGCUAUGCAAGUGGCUGAUAUCUUGACAAAGGCUGUGUCCUCUGAGAAUUUUCUUCACUUCAGGAGAAAAUUGAAUAUUAAAAGUCUUGACAGUGCAACGGGAGAGUUGAAGAGCAGAGGCAAUAAUCAGCAGAACCAGCAAAACAAAUGUGUAGAGAUGAUGAUGCAUGAUGAUCAAAAUACAACAACACAAGAAGAAGACCUUGAGAAUUUGAUUCUAAUUGUAAUUCCUUCACAAUCUCAAUUGUCCUCUGAUUUUUACUCAACAACAUGUCCGAAUGUUCUUUCAACCAUUAAAACACAAGUAGACUCUGCUGUCAACAACGAACCUCGCAUGGGAGCAUCCCUCCUUCGUCUCCAUUUCCAUGAUUGCUUUGUUCAAGGGUGUGAUGCAUCAGUGCUAUUAGACGAUACAUCAAAUUUCACAGGAGAAAAGACAGCAGGUCCAAAUGCAAAUUCAAUAAGAGGUUUUGAAGUGAUUGAUACCAUAAAGUCCCAAGUAGAGAGCUUGUGCCCUGGUGUUGUUUCUUGUGCUGAUAUUUUUGCUGUUGCUGCUAGAGACUCUGUUGUUGCUCUUGGGGGGCCCAGUUGGACAGUGCAAUUGGGAAGAAGAGACUCAACGACAGCAAGUUUAAGCUCUGCUAACUCAGAUUUGCCAGGUUUCUCGUUCGAUCUAAGUCAACUUAUUACUGCUUUCUCCAAUAAAGGUUUCACAACCCAAGAAAUGGUUGCUUUAUCAGGAGCUCACACAAUUGGGGAAGCAAGAUGCUUGACCUUCAGGCAAAGAAUCUACAACGAGAGUAACAUAGAUUCCUCGUAUGCAACAUCAUUGCAAGCGAAUUGUCCUAGCGUAGGUGAUGAUAGCAAUUUGUCACCAAUUGACACCACAACUCCAACAACCUUUGACAAUGCUUACUUCAAGAAUUUGCAGAGCCAAAAGGGUCUCUUCCACUCCGAUCAACAACUCUUCAAUGGAGGAUCCACCGACUCUCAAGUUGCCUCUUAUGGCAGCGACGCGCAAACCUUUGCCACUGAUUUUGCUAACGCAAUGCUUAAAAUGGGCAACCUUAGCCCUCUUACCGGCACCACUGGCCAGAUUAGAACCAACUGCGCAAAAAUCAAUUGAUCAAUUAAAUUAAUUAAGGAUACUUUACA